AUGAUCGCUGGACCUCUCAGCCGCCGCCUCUUGGCCCAGCAGCCUCACAUGCUCAGCCAGCGCCCCGUCGCAAGAGUCAUCAGCAGACCAUUGUCGUACACAUACCAGCUCCAAGCACGCAAGGACACCCAAGACAAGGACUCGCUCAAGCCCGAGCCCAACGAGUACAGCAAGAGCGGGUCCGACGACGAGGCUGCUCGCGUCGAGAAGACGGCCUUUGAUCCCAACAAGACAUCUCCCGAGGAGCAACACGACUCGGCCGGCCGCGAAUCUCAAGAGGUAAGAACUUGA